UAUAUGUCAUGAGUCACAACUGUAAUGAAUAAUUAAAAUUUUUUAUUUUGAACUCAGGUCUUAUAAAGCUUCGCUUCGGUUAUUUAAAACAAACGUUACGCAGUGUAAAGACCUGUUUUAUGCGCAAAAUCUAUUCAUUCAAUUGUGGCGGAAAUAAUAGCAAAUAGCGGAAUUUAAUUACGCUAUCCGGAAAUUAAUUAUAACAAAAAGUGUUUGCAGUUCAAUAACACGAAAGUAAAUAAUACAAUCAUGUGGGACAAGUUUAUUUAUAUUUUUGUGAUUACUUUAUCAACGUACAUUUUGAAACAGCUUUUCUCAGAGACUCCUAAUUUUAUAAAAUAUAAAUCUAAAUUCCUAAUAUUUUACUUCACCGCUUCUGUGGUUUCGUUAUUUUUAAUGCCAUUUUUUGUAUUCAACCCGAAAAAUGUUAUGAAUUCAUUAUUUGGUACACAGAUAAUAAAACAUGUAACUAAAGUCAUUGAGGUCAAAUGGUUUCUUAGGAAUGGAAAAGUAUUAGCCGAAGAUAGGGGAGCAGUUAUUGUAUCUAAUCAUCAAUCUUCCCUUGAUAUUCUUGGUAUGUUCAAUAUUUGGCAUGUAGCUGUUAAAAUCGCAGCUAUAGCAAGGAAGGAAAUAUUUUACGUAUGGCCAUUCGGAUUGGCAGCUUAUCUUGCCGGAGUCGUAUUUAUAGAUAGAAAUAAUUCUAAAGACGCGUACAAACAACUUAAAAUCACAUCUGAUGUAAUGAUUAAGAACAAGACAAAAAUAUGGGUGUUCCCCGAAGGGACGAGGAAUAAAGACUUCACAACGCUGUUACCAUUUAAGAAAGGUGCCUUCAAUAUAGCUGUGGCAGCACAAGUUCCGAUACUACCAGUUGUAUUCUCACCAUACUAUUUUAUUAAUUCAAAGAAAUUUAUAUUCAACAAAGGUCAUGCUAUCAUCCAAUGUCUAGAGCCAGUGCCAACAGCAGGCUUGACAAUGGAUGAUGUGCCCGAACUCAUUGUUAAAGUAAGAACCAUGAUGGAAAACGCAUACAAGGAACUAUCGAAGGAAGUGCUCAGUGCUUUACCCCCUGACUACCCCCUUGCGACGAUGGACUGAUAAUUUGUGAGUUAUAACAGAAUGUUUUUUAUAAUGUUCUGUAGGUUCAAAUUGAUAUUUUUUUAAAUACCUUCUUAAUACUAUUAUGUACUUGAAUUGUUUAUAUGGAGGCCAUGAAUUAAAUAUUCAGAAGGUAUUUUGUCGAGGGUAAAAUCUGGCUUUUUUUUUUCAUCAUAAUUAUAAAGGUGCAAUAGUAUAGGAAAAAUAUUAUUCAAAUUGAAAUUUGAAGAAAUUUUCAGAAAGUUCCUGUGUAUUAAUCUUUGGGUAAUUAAUAGUAUUGUGACGUCAGAAUAUGUAUUUUUUUGUUUUUU